UUAAUGUUGGUCUCAAUUUGUGGUGGUUGCUACCUGUAUGGAAAAAGAAGUUUUCUUACAUUAAUUACUAUUAAUAAAGCGUGGAAAAAUUGAGGCAAAGCAGCAGCCAUUAUUGAAUACCAAAAACACCAUUGGGAUAGAAUGCUUAAAUGAAUGAUCUGUUUCGUUGUUAGAUCAUAUCAUACAAUUCAGUUCAAUUCAGUUUAGUUACUGACUAAAAUCAUCAAAUGGCAGAUGCUGUAGUUUCGUUUGUGAUUGAAAGGCUUCGCGACUUGGUGAUUUCUGAAGCUCAAUUCUUGGGUGGAGUUGAGGCCCAACUGGGGAAUGCACAGAUCAAGCUUCAAUGUAUGAGUGCUUUCUUAAAAGAUGCAGAUGCUUGGGUAAGAUAUGGUGAUGACAGAGUUCGCCUUUUGGUUGUCCAAGUCAGAGAAAAUGCUUAUGCCUUGGAGGAUGUUAUUGAGACUUAUGUCCUCAAAGUGACUUUGAAGAGGAAUGAAGGUGUACUAAAAAGAUCUAUUAACAUCUUCAGAGAGGGAAUUGAUGUCCACAAAGUUGGAUCAGAGAUUGAGAGGAUCUCAUCCAACAUUGAUACUUGGACUUCACAAUUAGAAGCACUUGGAGUACACAGAUCAAUACAAAAAGCAGAUGAAGCUUCUUCAAGCAGCUAUGUCCAACAGCAAAGAAAGUUGAGGCAAGCUUAUUCUUUUGUUGAAGACAAUGUUGUUGUUGGAUUCCAUAAAGAUAUAGAAGAGUUGGUUGGCCUUUUGACUGAAAAAGAGAACCCUCAUAAGCAUAAGGUGAUUUCUGUAUGUGGGAUGGGUGGUUUGGGGAAGACCACUCUUGCAAGAAAGGUCUAUCAGCAUACUCAUGUUAGGGAACACUUUGAUUGUCAGGCUUGGGCCUCGAUAUCUCAGCAAUGUAAUACACGUGAAGUCUUCGAAGGAAUUUUAUUUGGUUUCACUUCUCCAACAGAUGCACAAAAAAAAUACAUAAAAAACUUGACUGAUGCUGAAUUAGCCAAGAAGCUUUAUGACUUUCAGAAAGAGUGGAAAUGUUUGGUGGUCCUUGAUGAUAUGUGGACCACUGCAACAUGGGAUCUUCUAAAACAUGCAUUCCCUACUACAACUCAAGGAGACACACAUAGCAAGAUCUUACUCACUACUCGGAAAAAGAAUGUAGCUUUGCAUGUGGAUCAACAUGGUUUCAUCCAUAAACUUCAUUUCCUAAAUGACAAGGAGAGUUGGGAGCUAUUUCAGAACAAGUAUUCCUAUGUUGCAACAGAUACAUCAAACUCAAAUGAUGAUGAAGAAAGGAAGAAAGAAUUAGCAAUAGAGAUGCUUAAAAAAUGCUCUGGUCUGCCAUUAGCCAUCAUUGUACUCGCUGGUCUUCUAUCAAAGAAACACACCAUAUAUGAGUGGGAGCUGGUGAAAAGAAAUGUACCUCGCUGCAUAGGUCAAGCUGAACAACAACAUGAUGUUGACUCAAACCACCAUGGUGUUUUCGGGGUGUUAGGUUUGAGUUACAACGAGUUACCAAGUAAAUUGAAGCCUUGUUUUUUGUACUUGGCUCGUUACUCUGAAGAUGUCACAAUAAGGAUAAAAGAUUUCUGUCGUGUACUCAUAGCAGAAGGUUUUAUAUCGUUAAGAAGAGGUUCUGUGGAAACUUUGGAGGAAGUGGCAUAUGAUUGGUUGUGUGAGUUGGUGGAGAGGAGCAUGAUCCAGGUGAAAGAAAUGAGUUCAACAGGAAGGAUAAAGUCAUUUUGCAUUCAUGAUCUCAUGCGAGAUUUGUGCGUGUCUAGAGCUCAAGAAGAAAACUUUCUACAUUUUAUUGAUUGGCAGAAUAAAGGGGAAGAGCCAAUAAUAAAAAAUGCACGAAGAGUUUCCAUAUUUGAUAAUGAAAGUACUAAUGCUGAUGAUUUUAUUCAUAUGGUUCGAAAAUUAGAUGGAUCACUCAGGUGUUUUACUAUGCAAGAUGGAAGAGUUGUAUACCAAGAAAGAGUAUUGAGUCAUGUAUGCAAUCACUUUUUGAUGCUUAGAGUUUUAAUUGUUGGUCAUGAAUUUGUUGAUUGCACAUCAUUUCUGAAGUUGCCUAAAGAAUUUAGGAAUCUGAUCCAUCUAAGGUUAUUAAGUAUUCCUUAUUGGCCAAUUAGAAAGAUUCCAUCUUCUUUUGGCAAUUUAAGAUGCCUGCAGACUUUGAGAGUAAGGAAGGAGAGUGAUAUAAUAAUACCAAAUUCAAUGUGUAAGUUAGAACAGUUGAGGCAUCUAUAUUUUUAUAAUCCAGUUGGUGGGGUAGAAUUGGGUAAAUUCUUGAGGUCAACUAGGUCUAGAAGUUUACAGACAUUGGUAGGUGUUGGUACGAAAAAUCUUCUAAUGAGUGAUCUUCUACGGUUUGGGAGUCUAAAGAAAUUAGCAAUAUGUGUGGAUGGAAAUUUCAACAAAUUCUUACAUAAUCCCCAAAAUCUCACGUUUACUCGUCUUUUUUCUUUACAAGUAGGUAAUUUUAUUGGCAACAAGAUAGAUAUUGUUCCAUUGAUAUUAAGUUGUCCUCAAAUGUAUAAGCUUAGAGUGAUCUCACCUAUAGUAAGUUUACCAAAAGUCAACCAAUUCUCCUCAAAUCUCAUCAAGUUACAGUUGGCUAAUCUCUAUCUUGAGGAUGAUCCAAUGCCAACAUUAGAAAAGCUACCAAAAUUAAGUGUCCUUAUAAUUGGUUUUAAUAGUUAUUUAGGGGAAGAGAUGGUGUGCUCAAGAGGAGGUUUCCCUCGACUUGAAUCUCUCGAGUUUGAUUUUCUAAGUGGCUUAAAAGAGUGGAAAGUGGAGGAGAAUGCACUGCCUAAACUUGGCUAUUUGAGUAUUCGCGGGUGUAUGAGAUUGAGGAGAGUUCCAGAUGGACUAAGAAAAAUUGGUACACUCAAUGAGAUGGUGAUGGAUCAUAUGCCUAUGAAAUUCAAAGAAAGGAUGGAGGAAGGAGGAGACGAUUUCGAUCAAGUCAAGCUCGUGCAAUCACGUGUAUUUAUCAACUGUGAUCAAGAAUCAGAGGAUAGUGUCAAUGCUAUAUACAAUCAACUCAACCUUUAGAGGAGCAUUUGUCACUCUGCCAGUGUGUGUUUGUUGAAUAAUUACUAUUUGGAAUAAUCUCUGUAAUACAGUAUUUCAAUUUCAAUGUUUCAUAUGUUAUUAUGUAGUAUAUAUGUUGGAUUGUUGUCUCAUGAACAUUGUCGUUUGUCAUGAAUUAAAAAAUGUUGAUGAUGAUGAUGCAUAUAUAAA